AUGGAUGAUCGUUCACGUUCAGAUCUACGCUUUACCCGUGAAUACUUCAGUUCUCCACGCAGCGUUAGAGAAGAACAUGAAAUGAAACGCGGGCGUCGGAUCCAUCACUACAGCGGCAAUACAGAUAUUCGAGAAGAUAGGUCAAGAAAUGCGACGGUAACGAUUAUGGCUCGUCCUAUUGCUAUUUUGUCGAAACCUAAAGAAGAACCAACCACAUCCGAGAAUGCAGAAAGCAGUCAGAAGAUAUCUCAAGCUAUUUCCCAAGAAUUGAUACCGUCCGGAAUAACUCGUCCAAAUUCUGCAUCACGAGCUAGUGGACCUUCAAAGACAAUUAGAAGUCCCUCCCUCCGAACAGAUAAGACACAAAUUUGUCGGAAUUCAGCAACAACAUCAAAUAUUAUGGAACAAUCUCUUGGGAUUAUGAAAGCAGCUGUGCGUUUACUUUCUGACGCGAUGGAUUUUACGGAUGUUGUUGCGGAUUAUUUAUCCACUACAAAUACAAAUUUUACUGUCAUCGGUAUUAUCGGUCCACAGGGUUCGGGUAAAUCAACACUUCUCAGCAUGAUAGCUGGUAAUAAUCACAUGGAUAUGUACAGGCAUUAUGCUUUUCGCCCGGCAUCUCGCGAAGCAGUUGAAUGUUGCCGUUUUCAAUCCCAAAAGAUAAGCAUUUAUGUAACCAAGUCGAGGAUGCUUUUACUGGACUGUCAGGCAAUCAGCUCCGCUUCGAUUCUUAAUCACCUGUUAAUUACAUCAUCGUUAGAUGGAAAUCGUUUGGGAGGUUCAAAAGCAGCGGAUCUUCGUCGAGGAUUUAUGGCGCUAUCAGGAGAAGUUGAAAGCUUGCAUUUAACAGCAUUUCUCUUGCAAGUGUGUCAUACCGUAAUACUUUCUGUGGAUUGGUUCGUUGAUAUUGAUGUGAUUCGGCAUGUACGGACAGCAGAAAUGCUUCGCGUAACACCGACUCAUUACUCACCCGAAACAAUGAAAUACAAACCGAAUCGUAAAAUUAAUAUUGUGUUAGCCCAUCAACGAGCUAAGUCAGAGGACUUUCAGCCAAGAAAUGUGAGAAAUCGAGCCAAAAUUUUGGAAUGCUUAUUCAAUGAUUCACAACUGAAUAUAAAAGGUGGCAUAUCAUUAGGCGGUUUGGGAUGUAAACCGUAUAGUGAUAUCGUAUCCAAUAUAAAUUACGUACUAUUAUCAGAAAUGAAACCACGACCAAAAAUGGAAGCAUCUGUAGCCGUUUUGCCAUUUAUGACUGUGGAUCACACUCCCUUACGAGCAGUUGUUGAUUAUGAAGAUGUUAUACGUCCGUUACGGAUUCGAUUGCUGUCAUUACCGAAAGAACCAUUUAUUCUUGGAAAUCAACCUUUUACAGAAAUUCAGUGGUAUGAAUUUGCUACACGAACCUGGCGAGCAACAUAUGGGAAUGCGGAGAUUGCGAAAUAUGCAUCGUUGAUAACGAAAAUUACUGAUGAGUGA